AUGAUGAAUGAGUUUGAGAUGUUAGAUAUGGGUUUAUUAUAUUACUUUCUUGGCCUUGAAGUCCAUCAAUCUGAAGAUGAAAUAUUUCUAUCACAAAGGAAAUAUGCUAGGGACCUUCUUAUUAAAUUUGGUUUGCUUAACUGCAAGCCUGCAGCUACACUUAUGAAUAUUGGUGAAAAAUUACAGCUUAAUGAUGGAGCAGAGAUGGAUAAUGCUAGAAGUUUCAGAAGCCUGGUUGGAGGUUUGAUUUAUCUAACCCACACUCGCUCCGAUAUUACAUUCUCUGUUAGUGUCAUUUCCAGAUUAUGUGGGUUCACUGACAGUGACUAUGCUGGUUCGUUGGAUGAUAGACAGAGCAUUUUAGCUCAUGUUUUAACUCUAGGUUUAGGUGUGGUAACUUGGAGUUCAAAGAAGCAAGCUACAACAACGUCGUCAACCUCAGAAAUUGAGUACAUUGCAUCAACUUUAGCAGCUUGUCAAGCCAUCUGGCUUAGAAAGAUGUUAGCAGAACUUCAGAAUAAGCAAAGAAAGUGCAACAGAUAUAUACUGUGA